CACUUCCGUCUCCUCUUACCCCGCUGUGCUUAUUGAAGGAUGAGAAGGACAGCGAACAUGGGUUUCUCUUCCGUGAUCCGGCGCGGACUUUCGCCAAGACUUCCAUCCCCUUGGCGAUCGCUCCACGAAGGGCCCGACACGAUUGACGAGCUCCUCGACCGCCACCUCGUCAAGAAGAGCCCCAAGGACAACGACGAGGACGACGAGCUCGCGGCCCAGCGGAGGCUCACGAGCACGCGGCGGGAGGCGCUGUCCCUCUACCGCGACGUCCUCCGGGCCUCUCGCUUCUUCGCCUGGUCGGAUGCUCGCGGCGUCCCCUGGCGAGAGGUCCUCCGGGAGAACGCCCGCCGCGAGUUCGAGGAGGCGCGCUUCGAGCGCGAUCCAGAGGUCGUCACCCGGCUGCUCAUCGGCGGCCGCGACGCGGUCCAGAAGGCCCUGGACAAGCUCGUCGAAGGCAGCAAGAAGAGGGUCGAGGCGGAGGAGCAGCAGCGAAGGGAUGGCGGCGGGAGAUGAUAGAUGGGCUUCAGAGAGAGAUAGAGAUCCAAGAAAGGGAAAUAUCUCUUGCUUUGUUGCCGUUGCAGCUUUGAUGGAAAAUGGGAUGCAACUCUAUCGAACACCUCUAGGAAAAGGGUUCUGCUAUCAACCUUACAGCUUGGGACACCAACCUUACAUCCUGGGGCCUAAUCACAUGAUUUGUGCCUUAUUUCGAGUUGUUUGUCUCCUUUCUUGUAGUUUACACUCUUAUCGCUAGCAACCUCAUCAAAUAAUAAUUUGUUUUUAAGGUUAAACACAAUUUAGCACAGCAUAAAUUUGCAUAUUAUAUAUUUUGUUUUAAGAGAAUCAUAUAGUAGCACCUCAGUGUUGGUAAUAUUAGAAAACCCCAAGAGUUUGGUGUUGUAGAGUGAGUGUACAGCAGAAGAAAAAAUAGCAUGAGCAGUGUUUGUGGAAUAUAUGUGGAAAUUGCACAUUUUAGUACAUUUUCACCCAUGGAAGUUGGAAACAUUUCUUGUGCAAAUAACAACCCCUUGUGUA